AUGGCAUCUGUGCUUUGUUUCGACGCUCAAAACAUCGCCUUGACACAGGUUGCUGAAUAUUUUGUUCAACAGCAUAGUUUGAUACGACAGUGUAUUUGGGCCAGCAACAGCAGCAGCAGAGCGUGCCGCCACCUGUCCAGCGUACCUUCGCCCUUCCUCAUAUCCGCAUCCCUUAUCUCAAGGGCCGUGACAACUGGCCUACGUGGAAAGUUCUCAUCACUGAUCAAUUGCGCUUUUGACCUGGAGCACACGAUCAAGGAACAAAACGCUGGUUCUAAAGAUGAGCGCCAUUACGCCUUCAACAGUAUUCUGACCAGGAUCGGCACUAAUUUGCAGCCUAAAUUCAUCCACUACAAUGACCCUUUCAGCCUCUGGGUCGCUCUAAAGACUCGAUUCGAUGACGAAGGCUUGUCGCACGGAGUUGAUAUCAUCAACAAUUUUAUCAUGCUCGUCAGCAGCGACUACCCCUCCAUUACUGAAUACAUCACUGCUUUUCGCAAGGCCAAAGCUUCCAUGGACUACAUCAAUUGCAACCUUGAUGACCGCUUCUACUGCUUAAUCUUUCUUAAUCAGAUCGACAAGGACAUGCCCAUAUGGGUAACCGUCAUCUGCAAGGACUGGCGCGAUGGAAAGGUACCUCAUAUCGAUACUCUCCUCAGUCAAACGUUCAACGAGGCUCGCCGCAUCUUCGACUCUCGCCCAGCAGUACAACCCGUCAAGCAGACCGACAGUUAUAAAGACAGACGCCGCUGCCAGCACUGUGGAGGACGUCACUCCAAGGUCUAUUGCUACUACCUUCACCCCAAGAAACGCCCUACCAAUUGGAGACCCCGGCGCACUGACGUCGAAUGCGUCGACCUUAACACUGACAGCAGCACUAAAAGCAGCAUUGACAACAUUGUAAAAACUAUCAGAAACCUGCAACUCGCUGCCAGCAGGAUCGCUCCCGCCAAGCAGCACUGGGUAGUCAACUCAGUCGCUCACGAUCACUUCACUGGCUUGCCCAAGUCCGCUUUCGACAGUCACUACAAGCCUCUCUCAACUCCCAUGCCUAUACCAGGCCUCGGCGGCACCAAGCACGCAGUCGCCAGAGGCAGCGUCUCACUCACUUGCUCACUGCAGGACGGCAACACCAUUCGCAUCAGUUUCAGCAACGUUCUGCACAUUCCUAACCAGCCGUUCAACGUCCUCUCGCUUGACCGACUACAGGCCAAGAGCGUCUCUCUAUUCAAUGAAGAUUUACGCAGCAUCGCAGACAACCGCCUGAUUUCUCACUGCGACGUCAAGAACAACCUCUACUUCCUCCGCUCUGCUAAUAAACCCACUAACUAA